AUGAGGGGCCGUCUGCUCAUCGCUUGCGCCCUCCUUGCCCUAUCCCAUGUCAUAGGCACCCGGGCAGCCCGGGAUGUUACCAUCGAUGAUGAUUCCCCACUCAUCCGUUACGAAGGAGCAUGGGACCGAAGUGAUCAAAACGCAUUUAGCUUUGGGGGCACGCAUGCAUCCAGUACCGACCCAACGACUGCCAAAGCGACGUUCAGAUUUACUGGUAUCGCAGUGCACUUCUUGGCCCCGCUGUGGUACAUCCCGAUUGCUGUCACCUUGACGUUGGACCAGAGGCCCCCUGAUGUUGUCGACCUGCAAACCCUUGACACUCCACAGGGUACUGCCUGGGAAGCAGAGACGAGUGCCAGACGAUGGUCUAUGACAGGCCUAGAUAAUGUCUUGCACACUCUAGUCGUCACUUAUGGAAGGCCACGGAACACUACGCAACCGGCUGGUCAAUUCACUGUUGUUGAUGGUUUCACUUAUACUGUCGAAGAUGAAACGGCGUCUGCCGGCACAUCGAGCACUUCCUCGGGCUCCCCGUCCCAAACUUCUGACUCUGUCGGUUCGGUGGAUAAUCCAUCUGAUACACCACGAGGCGGGGGUAGCGGUAGUUCCAACUCAUCCACGACCACUCUCAUCGCUGCUCUAGUCGGUGCCCUCGUGUCGACGAGUCUGAUUGCAGGGAUCGCGCUGUUCAUGAUUUGGCGCCGCAAACAGAAGCGAAACGCGCAAACAUUGCCUGGCGUCCCUCCUCCGGCCGACCCUGGGUCACCAGACGCGCCUCCUGCGGCCGUCCCUUAUCCUUACCAACAAUCAGGGGCACAACCAAAUCAAGCCGUCUAUGAUCCUAGAAGCUCGAUGUCUGAGGUCAGCGGGGUCGGCAAUACACCUGUGAUCAGUGCAUCUGGUGGCAAACGCAUAGUGUUAUCACCACCUACCCCUGUAGCUGGUUCAUAUCACGGUGCCAUGGGAUCCACUACGGGUUCGAGUGCAGCACUAUUGUCGUCAAACCCUUUCGAGGACAACGGACAGGCACCGCCGGCAUACUCCGGAUAA